AUGGACUCGAGCGACGAUGACAACGAAGACACCAGGUCUUCGAAGAGCAACAUCAAGAGACACACGCGCACUCAAUCACUUGAGAAAGCUACCGUCAUUCCAAGUCCCAAGCGAAGAACGUACAGAGGUCCGUCGCUUGAGCAUGUGUCAGCGGCUGCAAUGGAUUUUGAAGCAGCCUACAUCGUUGAUUCAGUGGGGGAAACGCCGACUACAUUCAAGUCGGCGAUGGAAUCAAGCGACUCCGGCAAGUGGAAAGAAGCGUGUGACUCGGAGUUUGACUCGCUUCAGAGAAACAACACGUGGGAAAUCGUGCCUCUUCCGAAAGGUCGCAAGGCCAUCGGGUGCCGAUGGGUUUUUCGUGUAAAGGAGAAUCAAGAUGGCGAAGUUGAACGUUUCAAGGCAAGACUUGUGGCCAAAGGAUUCUCACAGAAAUUCGGAGUUGACUAUGUUGACGGUCAUCGGUUUCUACCAGUAUUGGUAACCGUGACCGGUCCAAUCCGAACCGCCUGUUCAGCUUAG